AGGGGUGCCGGUGGUUGCCAGGCUCCUAUGCCUGCACUGCUCCCUUGUUACCUCCCUCUCCCAUUUCCCUGCCCAAUGCUGUGCUAAUGCCUCACCUGGGCCACUCUUGAGGGCCUGGCCCAGCCCAGAGGCCUUUCCAGGACCUCUUUAUUAGUGUUGACUGCAUCUGUGGCUUGGGCAGGGCCAAAGGGGGUUCCUGGCCAGGAAAUACCUGUGCCUGCUCAUCUUGGGAGGGAGGUCUUGGAUCCCCACAGCCACUUGAGGAUCAGACUGCUCCCACCCAGCCAGGCCCUCCUGGGGUGCAGCAUUGUCACAAGGUGUCCCUGGCCCCACACAGGACUCUGGUCCCCACCAGACAUUUCCCUUGGUGCAGCCAUGAUUGGUUUAAAGUCUGCGCAUUAUCACCCACCUGGCUCUGGGGCUCAUAAAACCUGCUUAUGAAUGUGAGUGAGAGAUCUACUCCACUCAGUGCUGCCAGUGCUGCCACUGCAGCCAGUCCUGUCAUUGUUGCCUCUGCCUGGUCAGCACUAUGGGCACCAAGUCUUUCUUGACAAGGGCCCGGGGUCUGCUCCGCAUCCGAAAUCAGCUGGUGCGGGAAUGCCUGGCUGAGCUGCUGGCCACCUUCGUGAUGAUGACAAUCACCCUGAGCAGCGCUGCACAGAAGAUCACCUUCUUUGAGACGAAGGGGAACCUCCUCACCAGCUACCUGGGAGGCGCCCUGGGUGUCAUGGCAGGCAUCUACGUAGCAGGGGGAAUCUCUGGGGCCCACAUGAACCCGGCAUUCUCCUUAGCCAUGUGCCUGAUCGAGCAGUUUCCCUGGUGGAAGUUUCCCAUCUUUGUGGUUGUGCAGACCUUGGGAUCUUUCAUAUCUGCUGGAGCUGUUUACAUCCUCUACUAUGAUGCCAUCUGGCACUACAGCAACGGGACCCUUACUGCCUUUGGCCCCCGAGAAACUGCCUCCAUCUUUGUCACCUACCCAGCUGACUAUGUCUCUGUCGCCAAUGGCUUCUUGGACCAGGUGAUUGGCACAGGGGUGCUGAUAUUGGUUGUCAUGGGCCUCAUGGACACCCGCAACAAGGCUGUCCCCAAGGGCCUUGAACCUGUGGUUGUGGCUCUCUUGGUGCUCUCCAUUGAGUGCUCCAUGGGCGCCAACUGUGGCUGCCCCCUGAACCCUGCGCGGGACAUCGGGCCCCGGCUUUUCAUCUGUCUGGCAGGUUGGGGCCUGCAGGUCUUCAGCAGGGGCAAUGGAUGGUGGUGGGUGCCACUGGUAGCACCGCUGCUGGGGGCUGCCGUGGGAACAUCCCUGUACCAGCUCUUUGUGGCUUUCCACUACCCGGAGGAGGAUAACGAAGUCCUGGCAGAGCAGGGCUCCAUCGUUCUAGUCAACACCACCAUCGAGCCAGACGUUGGGAUGUCACCCAAGGAGAAGGACACUGAGGAGACAGUGCCUGCCGGGUAUCCCCCACCACCGUGCGUGUGAGAAAUGAAGCUCACUCCUCUAUUUAAGACUUUAAUGAAAGAUAAUGAGGGACAACUAUUAUAGCAAAAGCUACAGUGCUGGGUGCUGGCAAUGCCAGAGACACACCCACUUUGUCAGCCAGCAGUCCUUUAUACUAUUACAGUUGCACUACUUUCUCAAAUGACUUUGCAGGUUUUUGGAGACCCUUUAUCACAACCCCACCUCACAUUGCUACAGCAUUUCACAUGGCCACAGUUACAGUGUCUGAGGGUCUGUCACGUUCAUCACAUAGGCAGUUUAGGAUGGUCUUCUGGUGGUCUUCUGAUGCCACUUUAGACUUGAUAUUUUCCUUUUAUGGUAUUCUGUUCUCUGCCUGUGCUAUCUUGGAUAUACAUUUUGCAAUGGCAGCUAUAUCUUGUGAUAUGCCUUUCACAAGCAUGCUUGCUUCUUAUAAUAGCCUCUCUUCAUUCAUUUCCCCUCCCCAUUUUUUUUUUUUUUGCACAAAAGUGAUUGUUAGAAACCUAGGCACAAAGAAUUUCAGGCUUUCUGUGCUAACAGGCACUGACCUGCAGGAGAACACUAUGUUUGACCUGAAGCUGUAAAAUUGUUUCCAAAAUUGAGUAAUGAACUGAGAUUGUUAAUGUGUAGUUUGAAUAGAAGUGUGUUAUAUCACAUGAUGGAAAAUAUAGAGUUUAAGUUUUUAGGAUAUAGUAAUGUGUAUGUAGCAAAAUGGAAGUUUUAAGGCAUAGGCUUGCCUUGCUUUUUCACCUUCUUCAUCAUGGGUUUGGGUGAUGAUAUGUGACUGGGUGGAAAAGUCUUCAGUGUGAAUCACAGGUGUUUGGUUAUCAGGUUAAAAGUAAAAAUAAAUUAGUUGGCAUUUUAUAAUUGGGUAGUUUACAUUUAAAAGGCCUUGUAAAGAGAAAUGUAAGGCUCCAUUUUCAGUUUGUUAGCUUAGUGUGCUGAAGAACUCAGUCUGUGAGAAUGUAACAUAGAUAAGAAACUAAAUAAACAUCUCUGAGUCACAACAAGAAUACUAUCUCUUGCUUAUUAAUCCCAACCCUGAGGAAAAGAAUCACAAGACAUUUUACAAGCAAUUAAAAAUUUUACUAUUCCUGAAGAGCAGUUGAAACUUACAACAAUUGUUUGCAAGCAAUUACAAUUUUUAAUAAAAGUGAAUAAAUUGUAGCAAAAGCCAACUGUUACAUAGCUGUUUAUAACUAACCUCCCUUUGCUUUUUCUUACUAUAUUUGGCUUGAGUUAUAAUUUUUAGCUUUUGUAUCCUUUGUAUACUUGUAUCUUUCAUAAAUCAUGAGUGCUUCUUCUAGAUUUUUAAUAUUAUUCUUCUUUAGCAUCAUAGCCUUUUUGGGGUUAGUGGGCAUUGUUACAACCUGCAUACUUUGAUCUACAUGAGUAAUUAAGUAAAUAAGACAUGGAAGAAAAAUUAAACUUGUUAUAUCACAAAGCA